ACCUCAACCACCACUCCCUGUAGCUUGGACAUCAUCAACCACGCAACGGUUCCAUCGACAGCAAUUGCGCAGGAAAUCGUCGACAAUAUGGCGCAGCCUCCCGUGCAGACCCUCUACAGGGAUCCCCAGUUAUUCUACUGGAUCCUAACCCCCAUCACGAUUGUCAUGGUCUUGACGGGUGUUCUUCGACACUAUGCCUCCGUCCUGAUGGCCAUGGCUCCCAAGAAGCUCGAGGCCAAGGCCAUGCGCGAGCAGCGAUCCCUGGCCCGCGGCGUGGCCCUGCGCAGCAACUACCACGUCCUGUCGCGCCAGUCGUUUGAGGCUAAGCGAGAUGUCCUUGUUGCUGGCUACGAGAACGGCGAUUACCUUAAGGACAAGAACAGAGGCGAUCAGCCCCCGCCUAACCCGCUGUCGGACCCGAGCCAGAUGGACGGCAUGAUGGGCAUGAUGAAGAACAACAUGGCUAUGAUUAUUCCCAACACGCUGAUUAUGAGCUGGAUUAACGCCUUUUUCAGCGGUUACGUUAUCAUGAAACUGCCCUUCCCCAUUACCAUCAAGUUCAAGAGCAUGUUGCAGGCUGGCGUCCAGACCAAGGACAUGGAUCCCCGAUGGAUGUCAAGUAUCAGUUGGUAUUUCCUGUGCAUCUUUGGUCUCCAGUUUGUCUACGUCUUCCUUCUUGGCAGCGAAAACGCUGCCAGCCAACUCGCUCAGCAGAUGCAGGCCCAGCAAAUGCCCAUCAACCCCAUGGGCGGCCCUGGCCAGGACCCUGAUAAGCAGUUCAAGGCUGAGGCUGAGAACUUGUCCGUCAUCGACCACUACUCUGUCCUGGAUGAGGUGGAGGACCGCUUGUUGGCGAGGCUCGGAUAGAUGAUGAACUGUGUAGAAGAUAUAAAUAUACAAUUGAUACAAAAAUUACAACGCUAUGCUUUUUAAAACCCAAAGUUUGUGACUCCCUUUUUAAUCUGCACCGUCCCACCACAGGCAUACACCUAGGCCUUCUCUGGCCAUGCUGCCCUUGAUUUUAUACGGUGUCUUGACGGUAGCGUCGUCUAAUUGUGUCGGUCCUGCUGGUGUCUGAUCGUGCCACUCUUCGUCGAUUACUUGGAAGCGGACCAUUUCGUGGUUAUCAUAGAAGAGGCGCUCUUCGUCAAAGUUCCAGAUCCAGAGCUGCUCGCUGUGGUUGUACUCUGCUCCUACUGGUAAUUCCUCGUACGGGAUGAAGAUGUCGUCGAAAAAGUCUGUUCUUACAUUGAUACCGGCUGGUGUUGAGCUGCGUAUACGGCCAAGCAUGACUUCGCCUUUGAAUGGACGAAAGACGACCAUGCGGAAUUCGA